GACCUUCGCUAUCAUCGCUGCUGCGAUUAUCUCGGGGGCCGUAGUCGAGCGCAUCCGCUUCUCGGCCUACGCCAUCUUCAUCGUGGCCUGGGUCCUUUCAGUGUACGUGCCCCUUUGCCACUGGAUCUGGGGCGGUGGCUGGAUCGCUGAGAUGGGUGCCAAGGACUUUGCCGGUGGCACCGUCGUUCACAUCAGCUCUGGCACCUCGGCGUUUGCACUGGCCUCGUUGCUUGGGGAGCGCAAGCACCGUGGCGAGUCCUUCCCCAGCAACCUGCCCUUCGUCAUCUUGGGUGGGGGCAUCCUGUGGCUGGGAUGGACUGGCUUCAAUGGUGGCUCCGCAUUCGCUGCCAACGGCGACUGUGCCCUGGCCAUCGCCACCACCUACGUUGCGGCCGCGGCCGCGAUGAUCACCUGGGUUUCCGUGGAGCGCAUCCUCGAUGGAGCUCCCACAUCGGUCGGUGCCAUGUCAGGUGCCGUGGCUGGCCUUGUGAACAUCACCCCGUGCGCCGGCUUUGUGGAGCCUUUGGGUGCUCUUGGCGUGGGUGCCAUUGGAGCCAUCUGCUGUGUGUUCGCAGCUCGUGGUCUCAAGAAGUUGAACCUCGUGGAUGACUCCCUGGAUUGCUUCAGCCUCCAUGGCGUGGGAGGAUUCGCGGGUGCCAUCUUGGGUGGCUUCUUCGACCUUGAAGAUGGCCUCAUCUAUGGAGGCGACGGACUGCUGCUGGCCAAGAACCUGGCCGGGGCCGCCUUCGGCGUGGUCUACUCCGCAGCCGUCACUGCGGUGAUCUUCUUCCUGAUGCGCCUCGUCAUGCGCAUGAGGGUCAGCGAGGAGCAGGUCGCCUACGGCAAGAACGAGAAUUCUGGCAAGCCGAAUGCCUUUGGCGAGCACUCCCAGCGCUUCAAGCCCGAGGAAGCCCCGACGCUGCUCACCUCGGCACCUGCCUCUGGGGCCGAGAAGCCCACCGAGGUUUGA